AAAGUCGUCAUUGACCAAUCAGCAUUCGGCCUUUCCCAACGUUCAGUGACGCUGCGGAAGUAAAGACUUUACGCUGUGUUUUCUUCCCUUCGAAUGCUGCUGGUUUCUGAAAGGUGUCGCCAUGUCAAAGCAGCCGCUUGGGAAGACGUUGUUGAGGAACGUAAUCCGACACACAGACGCCCACAACAAGAUCCAAGAGGAGACAGAGAUGUGGAAGAUGAGAGACUGGGAGAUCCAGAUGUCAGACCACAAACAUUUGUCGAACACAGACAUUAUAAGAGGACGUAUGCACUGCGAUCGAGUGCCAGAUCAAUCCAGAAACAUGAGCGCUGGCAGAGAGCGAGUGUCAGACCACGACGACAGAGAGGCUCGGUACUGGACACGCAGACUCUAUGAAUUUGAGGCCAGUGAUCCAGACAGAUGGGGGCAUAGUGGCUUCAAGGAGCUUUAUCCUGAGAAGUUUGACAGUGACAGUAACAGAAGUGUUACCAUAAAGAAGUCCAGACGUCGCAAAAUGAAGAAAUCAAAGUCUGACACAGAAGCAUACCUGUCAAAACGAUCAAAAAAAUCUUCCCAAAAGAAGAAAAAGAAAAAGAAGAAAAAAGUCGACGAUGUAAAGAGGAAAAAAGACGAGUCUACAAGCAAUGGCAGUGGUACAGAUGACAGAAGUGACACAAAAGACAAGCAAAGGAAAAAGAAGAGAAGCAAAAGUCGACAUAAAAACAAGAAAAGUGUGAAAACCCAAAGGAGAGAUGAGGACAGCAGCUCAGGAGGCAGUAAUAGCGAGGGAAAAAAGGAGAGAAGGACUAACGGUCACAAAAAGCGAAAGCGGGACUCGCUUAAGGAUUUAGACUCAGAAUUUGACUCCAAAACGAAGAGGAGGAAUAACUGGAAGGCAGCAGGAGAGGAGAGCUCAGGUUGUUGUUCUACAGACUGAGACACACUGAUGCAAACAGACUUCCAGCUAACGACCACAAUAACUAGAUUAUUUCACCUGAGCUCCUGAGAGAGGUCUUCACUGCGGAGCUGUGUUUUGUUUUUGUUGUGCAUCAACAAACUUGUGCUGUUGGUCCUGUCUGUGCUUGCUCUGAGGAGAACUAUCUCAUCAGGUUUGCAGCUCACUUAGAGCAGCAGGCUGUGUGAAAAACAAUGGAGUGGUUUCCACCACAUACCGCAUCAGGAAUCCUGCAAGCUGCAAAUAUAUGAUGAACCGCUGCAGACCGAGGACAGAGGCUGGUAGUGUUCCUUCAAUUUUUUUUAUCCCUGGUGAAGAUGUGCAAAAAGUCUUAAAAUGCAUUAUUUUUUUAAUUACAGUAAACUAGUCACACUCUGAACAUUUUUGAAAAAUCUAUUUUAUAAUUUCAGUACAUUUAUUCAGAAACUCCUACAUUAAGAAAUUGCUUUUACCAAAUUGACUAGAGCUACUGUUAGUAAUUAGUAAACUUCUUUAGUAACCUUUAUUUUAUUUAAUCUGGAAUGUCCCAAUAACAUAUCUCUUCAGGGAGGUAGUCCAAAUUCCCACAUAUAUAUAUUAAAAGAGGAGAAAUAUGAAUCAUAAAAUAAGUAUAAUAUUUGCUACAGCACAAAAAAAACAACAUCCUGUACACAUUUUUAUAAAAAACAAAUUAAACCAGCAAUAUUGUGUUUCUAAAGCUGUCUUUUUUUUUAUUUUAUUUUUUAUAAACAUGCUAGUUCUGGAGGGCUAUGACCUACUGUUUUCGUGGGAUGUAAACAUGUGACACAGGUCUAUGUCUCCUAACCUUUUCAAAAAUUGGGAGAAUAAAAGGACAUACUAUUUAAGGAAA